ACAUUCUCUGCAGACCGUCUUCGGGACGGUAUCGAGGUAAACGGUGACAUUGCCGUGUCUCGUCUUCCCACCCUGAGGAACGCUGACCCCUGUGUCCGCAAUGGUUGUAUGUGGCCAAAAGCCACAGAUGGCAAGGUUUAUAUUCCCUAUGUCAUCGCUAACCACUACUCUUCUCAGGAGCUGGAUCUCAUCAAACGAGGCAUCAACUCCUUCUCUUACUCCACCUGUAUUCGCUUCUUCCCCCGCACUAACCAGAGGGACUACCUCCAUAUCCAGUCUCUGGAUGGAUGCUACUCCUACGUAGGUCGCCAGGGCAACGGUCAGACAGUGUCUCUGAGCCGUCAGGGCUGCAUUUAUUAUGGAACGGUCCAGCAUGAGCUGCUCCACGCCCUGGGCUUCAACCAUGAGCAGUGUCGCUCCGACAGGGACCAGCACAUCCGGGUCUUGCUGCAGAAUGUUAUCAAAGAUCAGCAAUACAACUUUAACAAGAUCAACACUCUGAACCAGGGGACUCCAUACGACUACGACUCUGUGAUGCACUACGGCAGGCUGGCUUUCUCCAAAGACAACUACAACCCCACCAUGGUGGCUGUUCCAAACCCCAACUCUGUGUUUGGUACGGCCAGACAGAUGAGCCAGAACGACAUCAACCGCAUCAACCUGCUGUACUGCAGAAACUAGUCCUCCAGUCCAGAACAUGUGACGCUGAUGUUUCUUUGACCAAUAUUCAUCCACUAAUGUAACCUCUGUAGUGGAAGAAUUUGGAAAAGUCUGUUCAUGAGGAUAAAUCAUUUAAAAUAACUAUGCAGAUAAUCAUUUAUUUUGUUCACUUAAUGACAGAAUAUCUAUCCAAUAUCCAUCAGUCGAC